UCAGUCUAACGCGUCUUCCGGUGAAUAUUGCGGGAAAGUUGAGAAUCGCAGCCUCCAAAAAGAUAUUUUCCAGAACAGCAAACAUGAGGACAUUAGAAGAGGUGCGGGCCACAUUGCAAAUUGCAAAACUGAAGGAAGAGGAUUUGCAACCUGUAACCCACUGUCUCACAUUUGGAAGUAAUGUUACGUCCGGGGAUUAUUGUCUUAUGGAGCUAGACGAUACACUUUGUAAACACAUUGAAGCCGGCAAGAGUCUCAUAAUCAGGGGGGACAAAGAUGAGCAUGCGGUUCUGUGCAGUGAAGACGAGACGUACGACCUGAAAAUGGCGGACACGUCCAAUUUGCUCUUGUUUGUCCCUGGAUGCAAGACUCCUGACCUGCUCCCUGACAGUCCAGCACAUCCUCAGCUUGUGCAUGCCCAGAUAUGGGGGUGUUCCAACAGUUACUGGGAGCUUAGACGCCAGCGACCGAAAUUGAAGAAGCUUAAGAAGCUGCUCUCGGAGAGUCCAUAUUCUGGUCCACCUUACGGCACCCAGCAGGAGGUCCCACAGCAGAAGUACACUAUGGAAGACCUCCUUGGCAGAAUCCAAGCAAGCAGAGAGGAGAUUGAGGCCCACCUUCAUAAAAUUCAUGCAUGUGAAAUUGAUGGACACUGGCGGAUGUUGGAUUUUGAUUAUGAGCUGAAGCUUUUGGGUCACGUGACCCAACUGGUGGAUUCGGAGUCAUGGUCUUUCAGCAGGGUCCCCCUCACUGUGUGCCUGGAGGAGCUGGUGCCGUUGGAGCCCAGAGAAAUGAUAGAACACUGUCUCAACUGUUAUGGAAGACGCUUUAACACAGAGGACGGUGAGGUCAUGUACGCGCUGGAUGAGGAUAAGGUGUGCAGUGCCACAGCUCAGAUGCUGUUGCAAAACGCCAUCAAAUUCAACCUGGCUGAGUUCCAGGAGGUGUGGCGUCAGAGUGUUCCUGAGGGCAUGAACACCAGACUAGACCAGCUCAGAGGUUUAACACUGGUGGACUGCAGCUCGAAGCCAGAGACGAUCUCCCUACUGCGAGUAGAGGACCUGCCUGAGGACACCCUGGAGCGUUUUAGCGCCCUCUUUGGUAUAAGGGAGAAGUGGACGCAGGAUGACAUUGAGCCGUAUAUACAGGACCUUUGCGGGGAGAAGCAAACAGUUGGAGCCCUUUUGACCAAACACGCCCGGUCGUCCAUGCAGAACGGGAGAAAAGUGUUCAACUCCAGAAGGCCCAUCGCCAGCUGAAGUGGUUGUUUCACUCUUGCUUGCAUUACACAAGAAGUAAACUUUUAAUUGUUUUUUUUUUUUUUCAUCUUAAAUUUUCACUUUUACUGUGUUUUGUCCAUUUAUUAAUAAAAUAGUGUGAAAAGGUUAUUCAUCUUGUGAAAAAUAAACAUGAUUUUUAAAAAUAUGUUGAUAAGAUUUUCUAAAUGACUUUCUGUUGAUUAUGAAUUUGUCUGCAUAUCAGGAGCACUAUGAAGUAAACAUGUCUCACGAGACCCCGUUGUUUUAUUGUCAUUUUCUUUUAUUAGCCAUUUCUGAUAUACACUGAGCCACCUUAAACUUUUCUUUAAAUUCCUGUUAUCAGCUAGUACACCAAAGACAAAGAAGGAUACACAUUAAGUACACAUUAAAAAUGG